AUGUCCCACUUCACUGAAAUAGAUAACUUAGCUGUUAACACUUUAAGAUUAUUGUCCGUCGAUACCGUCGAUGCUGCUCAAUCUGGUCAUCCAGGUGCUCCAUUGGGCAUGUCUCCAGCUGCUCAUGUUGUCUGGACCAAGUUCUUAAACUUAAACCCAAAGAACCCAGACUUCUGCAACAGAGACAGAUUCGUUUUAUCUAAUGGUCAUGCCGUCGCCAUGUUAUAUUCUUUAUUACAUUUAGCUGGUUUCAACUACAAGAUCGAAGAUUUACAACAAUUCAGACAAUUAGGUUCCAAGACUCCAGGUCAUCCAGAAUUCGACUUAGAAGGUGUUGAAAUCACUACUGGUCCAUUAGGUCAAGGUAUCUCUAAUGCUGUCGGUAUGGCUAUAGCUCAAGCUAACUUAGCCGCUACUUACAACAAACCAGGUUUCGAAUUAUCUAACAACCACACAUACGUUUUCUUAGGUGACGGUUGUUUACAAGAAGGUGUUGCUUCCGAAGCUGCUUCUUUAGCUGGUCAUUUACAAUUGAAAAACUUGAUUGCCAUUUACGAUCACAACCACAUCACCAUUGAUGGUAGCACUGAUGUUUCCUUCACUGAAGAUGUUUUAAAGAGAUUUGAAGCUUACGGUUGGGAAGUUUUAACUGUUGAAAACGGUGACUCCGACUUAGAUGCUAUUUACAACGCCAUCGCUCAAGCUAAACAAUCCAACAAGCCAACUUUAAUUCAAAACAAGACCACCAUUGGUUACGGUUCUGUCAAUGAAGGUACUCACUCUGUUCACGGUUCUCCAUUAAAGGCUGAUGACAUUGCUCAAUUAAAGACCAAGUUCGGUUUCGACCCAAAGAAGAAAUUCGAUGUUCCUCAAGAAGUUUACGAUUUAUACAAGACACAAUUAGCUCAACGAGGUUUAGAAUCUAACAAGAUAUGGGAUCAAAACUUUGCUCAGUACAAACAAAAAUAUCCAGAAUUAGGUGCUGAAUUCCAAAGAAGAUUAAACGGUGAAUUACCAGCUAACUGGGACUCUACUUUACCAGUUUACACUCCAAAGGACUCUGCUAUUGCCACUAGAAAAUUAUCUGAAAUGUUAUUAGACAGUAUUCACAGCACUUUACCAGAAGUUUUAGGUGGUUCUGCUGAUUUGACUCCAUCUAACUUAACCAGAUGGAAGGAAGCUAAGGACUUCCAACCACCUUCCAGCGGUUUAGGUGACUACUCCGGUAGAUACAUCAGAUACGGUAUUAGAGAACACGCUAUGGGUGCUAUCUUAAACGGUAUCUCUGCUUACGGUGUCGGUUACAAGCCAUACUCUGGUACUUUCUUAAACUUCGUUGCAUACGCUGCCGGUGCCGUCAGAUUAUCUGCUUUAUCAGGUCAUCCAAUCGUUUGGGUUGCUACCCAUGACUCCAUUGGUGUCGGUGAGGAUGGUCCAACUCAUCAACCUAUUGAAACUUUAGCUCACUUCAGAGCUCUACCAAACUUACACGUUUGGAGACCAGCUGAUGGUAACGAAGUUUCAGCUGCUUACAAGGUUGCCAUUGAAUCUAAAUCUACUCCAUCUAUCAUUGCCUUAACCAGACAAAACUUACCACAAUUAGAAGGAACUUCCAUUGAAAAGGCCUCCAAGGGUGGUUACGUUUUACAAGAUGUUGCUAACCCAGAUUUAAUCUUUGUUGCCACAGGUUCCGAAGUUUCCUUAUCUGUCGAUGCUGCUAAGAUCUUAGCUUCCCAAAACAUCAAGGCUCGUGUUGUUUCUUUACCAGACUGGUUAUCUUUCGACAGACAACCAGAACAAUACAGAAAAUCUGUCUUACCAGAUGGUGUUCCAAUUUUGUCUGUUGAAGUCUUGGCCACUAACGGUUGGGGUAAAUAUGCUCAUCAACACAUUGGUAUGACUACUUUUGGUGCUUCUGGUAAAGCCCCAUUAGUUUUCAAACACUUCGGUUUCACUCCAGAAGUUGUUGCUGAAAAGGCUGCUAAGACUGUUUCAUUCUACAAGGGUAAGACAAUCGUUUCCCCAUUAUCUUCCCCAUUCUAA